ACCCUUGUAAAAAAAGUAAAUUUGGCAAUUGUAUGGACCCUGAACAGAAAAAUAUUCUUUAGACUGAAGCCUUUUGCUAUGAAUUCGGUAUGACUUCUCGGAGAAAGUUUUUUCUGUUCGAGCCUUUUAAGGUUACGGAAGUUCAGUGCCGUGGUUCAGAAAUUCCUAGACCUCGUAGUGGACACAGAAUAGCUUGUGACGAUGUGAACGUUUAUUGCUUUGGCGGCUACAAUCCUGUACCUUCAGAACCGGUGAACCGUACGGAUAAUCCGACAUGGACACCGGCGCGACCGCUAUUUAGAGAACUUUGGAGUUUUUCAAUAGCCACACAAAAAUGGAAACAGCAUAGGGUAGUAGAGAAUAUGCCCGAGGAAUUGGCGUCAAACGCGAUGUGUAUGAAUGGGCGUUAUUUAAUGAUAUUCGGUGGUACAGGUGCUCCCUUUGGCAACAAGUGUAGUAAUGAUGUAAUUGUGUGGAAGACAUCCAUUGGAGAUGCAAAGCUUCAAAUCUUAGAUGUGUCGGGCACUAGACCGCCUGGGCAAUACGGUCAAGCCAUAUUUUGCAAUGAUGGGUACUUUUACUCAAUAGGAGGCACUGAUGGAUUUGCUUACAAUUGUGAUGUUUACAGGUUAGACCUUCGGACGUUAAUAUGGGAGCCUGUAUAUAUCGGAACGGGUCAAGAAGGGGUGCCAUUUGGCAGAUAUCGUCAUGAAGUAGCCAAAGUUAGUAACAAAGUCUACAUAAUUGGUGGUGGGACAUGGGAAUGGGCAUUUGAACUUAUGGAAAUACCAGUUUUUGAUUUAGAAAGUAACACUUGGACAAUUGUUGUGCCUAAAGCAGAUGAUAGUCUGACAAAUACAUUGGGACCUUUGCCUCGGAAAUGCCAUAGUGCAGUUCAAGUGGAUGCGCCUGAUGGGACACAAGUGUUUGUGGCUGGAGGUUCAGAUGGGCAAGCAGUUUUUGAAGAUGUUUGGAGGUUACAUGUGCCUACAAUGCAAUGGACGCUUAUGCAAAAGACAGUUUUGCCUAAUCCCUUAUACUUCCAUUCAUCUACAAUUACAUCAUAUGGGUGUAUGUAUGUGUUUGGAGGCAUUGAACCAAAGGAGAAUGCUGCUAGUAGGAAUAAUAUUUUGUAUAAAGUAUGGUUAUGUAUACCAAAACUCAGUGAGAUAUGUUGGGAGGCUCUCCUCUAUUUCCAUCCAUAUCUGGAUCAAGUAGACAGAAAAACUCUCCUGAAUAUCGGUGUUCCUAGACAUUUUAUAGAUAGAAUACAUCCGCAAUAAAGAAAUGUGUUCUCUGCAAUUAUUUUGUGGAAUGGUUCAAGACUGGUGUGCAUUUAUGCAUAGACAUACUGUUUUUGCUUGGUAUAUUGAAAUGCUUUUCAUGCAAAUAUUGUAUUUUUUGUUUUGUAAAAAUAAAUAACUUUCUUGAAGCAUAAUAUCAAUUAUGAUUUUAGUGUUUUAUGUGUAU